UGGGGGUGGGGGGGUGGGAGCCGGGAGCGGUCUCCCCUCCCCGGCUCGCUCCUCUCCGGCCAGCCGGGUCUUUGGCGCUGAGCUCGCGGGAGGAGGCCGUCGGGGGGCGGGCUCGGUGACGUCCCAAGGGGCGGGGGGCGGCGCGCUGGCUCCGCGCCCUCCCCUCCUCCUUCGGGUGCCGGCUCCGUGGGUCCUCGGGAGAUGCGGCCGCCGCCGCCUUUGCGGUUUCCGUGCACGCAGCUGCGGGUCCCUCCGCUCCACCGCCGAGGCGCCGCGGCGUCCGAGGGCGUACCCGAGCCGAGCCAUGCAGCCGGGAGCCGCGCUGCAAGCCAUGCUGUUGGCCGCGCUGCUGGCGGGGCCCCGGGGCGCCACCGGUCGCCUGCUAAGCGGGCAGCUGGUCUGCCGGGGAGGGACACAGAAGCCUUGCUAUAAAGUCAUUUACUUCCACGACGCUUCUCGAAGACUGAACUUUGAGGAAGCCAAGGCAGCCUGCAGGAGGGAUGGAGGCCAGCUGGUGAGCAUCGAGUCUGAGGAUGAGCAGAGACUGAUAGAAAAGUUCAUUGAAAACCUCCUGGCGUCUGACGGUGAUUUCUGGAUCGGGCUCAGGAGGCGUGAGGAGAAACAGAGCAAUGGCACAGCCUGCCAGGACCUUUAUGCUUGGACCGAUGGCAGCGCGUCAACAUUCAGGAACUGGUACGUGGAUGAGCCUUCUUGCGGCAGCGAGGUCUGCGUGGUCAUGUACCAUCAGCCAUCGGCACCCGCUGGCAUCGGGGGCCGCUACAUGUUCCAGUGGAAUGACGACCAAUGCAACAUGAAGAACAAUUUCAUUUGCAAAUAUUCUGAUGAGAAGCCAACAGCUCCUUCUACAAAGCCUGGAGGUGAAGGAACAGAGCCAGCAACACCCAUGCUUCCAGAAGACACACGGAAAGAAGAUGCCAGAGAGACUUUUAAAGGAAACAAUGAAGCUGCCUUAAAUCUUGCUUACAUUCUAAUCCCCAGCAUCGUCCUUCUCCUUGUGGUCAUCACAGUUGUGUGUUGGGUUUGGAUCUAUAGAAGGAGGAAAGGGGAGCAGCCAGGCCCCAGCACGAAGGAGCAGCACACCAUCUGGCCCUCUCCUCAUGCGGGGAACAGUCCAGACCUAGAGGUUUACAACAUCAUUCGAAAACAAAGUGAAGCCGAUUUGGCUGAGACCCGGCCAGACCUGAAGAACAUUUCAUUCCGAGUGUGUUCGGGAGAAGCCACUCUCGAUGACCUGUCUUGUGACUAUGACAACAUGGCCGUGAACCCAUCCGAAAGUGGAUUCGUGACUCUGGCGAGCGUGGAGAGUGGCUUUGUGACCAAUGACAUUUACGAGUUCUCCUCAGACCGAACGGGGAGGAGCAAGGAGUCUGGAUGGGUGGAAAAUGAAAUAUAUGGUUAUUAGGGCACAUGAAAAACACUUGAACAAAUGGAAAUGGGAACGAAAAGAGGAGCAAAACUCUCCUAUUUUCUGUGAGGAAAAGAGAAUGUGUAUGAAAAUGCUCAGUUCAGGUCUUGGGGGCAAGCAUGUGACCCCCAUUAGCCCCUGUUGGAUCCCCAAGUUUGGCCAAAUCCCCAACCCCAGCUCCUCACCCAGAUCAGCCUUAUGAGAAAGCACCUUGCCCACGGUCAGGCACAUAGUAGAAAAGAAAUGUCAAUCGACUGGUUCUAUCUGACUUUCAAGGGAGAGUGACUUCCCUGGCAGGGAUAAGUUUGAGGCUGUGGGACUUGGGAAAGCCAUCUCUGGGUUCUGGUUUUCUCGCUCUGCUCUGUUUUAUAUAUAUAUAUAUAUAUAUAUAUAUAUAUAUGUGUGUGUGUGUGUGUGUGUGUGUGUGUGUGUGUGUGUGUGUAUAUACAUAUAUAUAUACUAUAUCUCGGCAGCAGAUAUAAUCACAACGAGACAGAAAUUACAGAAUCUUUUCAAAGCCCACGUACUGUGGCAUCAGGCUGGCCAGUGUACGGACAAAUCUUAGAUCUGUUUUGUUUUGUUUUUUUUUUUUUUCAAAGAAUCAAAUCAAAUCAAAAGCAGGAAGCAGAAUGUUAGUCUGUCUGUGUCUACAGCCCUUCCUCUGCAUGUAACCUCAGGGGACCUCUUUUUCUUUCUCCUCGCAUCCAAACUUGGACAUAUCCAACUUGGAAAUACGUUACAAACUAAAACUGGAAUGUGAGUCUCGGCUUCUAGGCCUCUUUGUGUGCCCAGCCCCGGUAGUGCUCUUAUUCUCCUCGUGUGUUUGUUUUACGGCAGCAGCAACAUGGUUUGGCUGAUGAUGAUAAUGAUUCUUCCUUUGUGUUAUGGGACUUAUCUCAAAUACUUUUGGACUCAAAUCCACAGAAAAGUUUCUUGGCCCAACAUUGGCUGUUUACACUUUGAAGGUCUGCAGGCUCUUAUCUAAUAUCAUCAGCAAACCCCUUCUAGCUUAUUAUGUUAAAUUUUCCAAUGCUUAUUUAUUUUUGAGGGAGAGAGACAGAGUGUGAGUGGGGGAGGGGCAGAGAGAGAGGGAGACACAGACUCCGAAGCAGGCUCCAGGCUCCGAGCUGUCAGCACAGAGCCCAAUGCGGGGCUCGAACCCAUGAACUGGGAGAUCAUGACCUGAGCUGAAGUCGGACGGUCAACCGACUGAGCCACCCAUGCGCCCCGUAACCUUUGAUCAUAUAUCUUACUUUUUUCAUAGUUUGUCACUUUGUCUCACACACAGAGCCCCGAACUAGAUGGAGUUAGCUGGUCUGGGUCUGAGCAGUAUCACGUGCAGUCAGUUGUAAUCACUGCCCAAUGGCCGGCUACACGGGGACAGGGAGUAGGGUGGACAACAGAAACAUCACUUACGCCUGCUCCCAGGAAGUGUAUUUUGUGGACUCACAACAUAUAAGCAAAAUGAGUGACCCAGUGGUCUGAAGGACCGAUUCGUUGCUCCAAAACAUCAAAGCUCCCAUUUUGCUUCAGAUGUCCUGGGUCUAUAAUCUAUCCCUUUAUCCUCCCCUGUGUCACCUACUGGGGCCCCUGUUAGGUUGCCCCCCCAUCAAGGUGGGGAUCCAGUCCGCCCUGUCAGCAUUGUAACUCCCACACUCCAGACAGCACCUUGCACAGAGUAGACCAUCAAUAUUUGUUGAAUGGAUGAGCAAUUCAUUUUUCAGGCUGAUACAGCAGAGUCUAUAUAGGUCAGCUGAAAAGUUUGCAGAACUUAAAAGUUCAUACUCCAACUGGGUGGGGUAGGUAACAGUUAUUUUAGUUUAAAAAGCAUUCCUAUUGCCUAGGAAGAAGGAAAUAGGGCAACAACAAACAGAAGUUGGUGAAUUGUGUCAACAACUUGCUUUAAGUCGCUGAAGCUGGUAACUAAAGGUUCACGGGACUCAAGUGCAGCUGCAGCUUUUUACCCAGGCCCUUUAUAUUUGCCUUUACAUUUCCCUGACUUUCCUUGAAGGAGGUAGAUCUGAGGCUUGCGCUCUGGUCUCCUGGUUCGGUCACUUCUCAGAUAAGUCCUUUUGGUGUCGCAUACUCGCUGUCUCAGCGAUUAUCUUAGCUGUGCCUCAGGCGGACGAACGGGGGUUCAGUUACAAAUUUGGCAAGCCGUCCAGGAGCUCCUUGCCCACCGUUCAUCUACUCCCAGCCAACAAGGGAAAUCCGGUGAGUCCAAGCAGCUGCUUAGGCUCUUGAUCCUAGGGGACUCACCCCAACUGGUGUACCAAACUUCGGCACCAAAUUUAGCUCCUGCGGCAAGGAAAUCGUUUUGAGUUUGGGUUGGACGGAUGGCUCUUGGUGAGUACUUUGUGUGCAAUGGCAUGUGACCUUAUGUCUUCCUCCCUCUUGGUUCAAUCGGUGAAGCUCUGACUUUUGGGGAGGAACCAGGGCUCACAGAGGAACUCUGGGCUUCAUUUGGCUUGUGUGUCGUUGAAACUUUUGGUAUCUUUGAAUAAAGCUAGCCAUGUUCUAACUGGGAAAUGAGAAAUGACCGUUUGAUCCCCACAUGCUGCCCUUUGGGCUGUAUUCUCCAAAUUUGGGCAAUCUUUUUUUAUUUUUUAUUUAUUUAUUUAUUUUGCAACACUACUUGGCCACAUUAUCCAUUAGACUCCUGAGAAAAAUGGCCAAGUGGUGUGUCUGUAAAUUAAAACCCCAUCUUGCAAUUGAGUUUGGUUUAUAAAAGAUGAUAUCUGGAAAUUGAGCCUUUAAGAUUUUGUUAGCAUCUUGUCUGUGUAUUUGUAUGGGUGUCCGUGUAUAUUAUAAAUGUGAAAUGCUUUCUCUACCUCUGGAUGGUAUUCCUAAAAUUAAUUUGUAAGAGAGCUCUAGUUGGCUUAAAAGCAAGCACUUGUAAGAAUUGGGCGUUCUAAAACUCAGGAAAAUGGGAACUGACCCAAACAUUUUUCAAGUUUAUGUGGUCUGGGAAAAUAUUUGGUAUUAAAGCUAAUUUCAGGUUGUUCUAUUAAGAUGGAUCUGUCUUUAGAGUUGUCAGCAUUAUAUGUAGAACUUCUGUUCUGCCUGUGUUUACUGAAAGUCAAGGAGGUUCAUGUUCUUUCUAUUACAAAAUUUGUCAGAAAAGAAAAAGUGUAUGGUAUUGGUCUUUCUAUCACCAUUUUAGUUGUUGUGGUUUUAGUUUUUUUGUUAUUUUAGUUUCUGUUUUGUUCAUUUGGGUUUGUUUGGGGUUUUUUUUAGAGAAAAACCUUAGUACUUUGUCUAAUGCCUAAUGAGGUUUUAUGGGUAAUCUAAGAACAAAUAAACAACCAAAUAACUUCAAUAAAUGUCAUUCAGACUACCAGAAAUAAUAAGGGAAAUAACUCUGGAAGCAAAGUGAGACUGGUUGUUUAAAGAGGGAAAACUUAGGACAAAUUCUGAUGUAAAAAGGAAAGUUGAGAAGAUUUGUGAGAAGGGAAUCUUUGGAAAGGAAUUUUUUGCAUGGUUGAGGCUAAGAUUAUGGAGGCUAAUAUGUAAAAAAAAAAAAAAAAGUUGAUUUUGGAGUGAUCAACACCUGGGGAAGAGAAGGGAGAGUAAGAGAUAUCCAGCUGUGAUACAAUAUCAACAGAAGUCUUAACUGAUUCUCUGGGGAGUUCUAAAGUAGGCUCAUCCUUGGGAACCAUCCUAAGUUAGAGCAAAAGUCAUGCACUUUUAUAAUAGUCAUGGUAUGUGACCAGCUGAGAAGAGGGCAUGACCUUGGCAAGGCAGCUGUCUUCAGUCAAGGCAAUCCUUGAUGAUCUCUGAGAGUUGAGGACUGUUGGCUGCCUUUCUCCAGCUGAAAGCCCUACAUUCCUGAUGGAGAUUCUGAUCAGAACAUCCUAUAUCAACAUGGAAGAUGACAGGCAGGGAAACAGAGACCACAUAAGUUUGCUUAAUUCAUCUUGUUGGAAUGCAUGAGUUUUAAUGUCAGAAGUAUACUGGUAUAAGAUGGUGUUGUAGACUCUGAAUCUAAAAUUCUCUCUUGUCUAGCAAAACAGUGGGACGCAGGAUUGAAAGUGAGAGAUGGCUGAUGUCCAGGAAAAGACAAGAGCCCCGAAUAAGGGCCCUUGCCCCGCUUUUAUUAGGGUCAAAAGGCUUACAAACAUGGUGAUGGACGUGCAUAAAGAGACAAUGAAUCUGUGAAUAUUAACUUGUGGACAUGAGGGAAAGGGGGUCUUGAAGAUACUCGUGGUUUGGGUUAAUAUAAAACAAAAACCAGGUGCUGGGUAGUCGGAGGAGGGUUGUUUCCAGCCGACAGGAGGCAGCACCUCUAUUUACCUUAGCCAGCCUUGGGGAUGAAACAGGGGGAAAUAACCUCAGGGUUGACAAGGCACCUUUUCUUUUUUUAACCAUCUCGGCUCUGGGCUGCUUUGCCUGCAGCGCAAAGGUCCAUAGUCCAAUUCACCAAUUUACCUAACGUGGCCCUAUCCUCCUGUGAAAGCAGCUUUCUGCCGUAGUACUAAGUUGGGGGUGCUUCCACCCUGAACAUCUAAUCUUGUUUAUUUCAUAUACCUAUGUAUUGGGCACCUUUGCCCUGUACCUAUUGUAGGCCUUGGCCUCUCCCUCUCUAUUCUGGGGGCUCUGCACCCCCUCUCUAUUUCUGGCACCUUUGCACCUCCCUAUUCUAGGGGUGCCUUUGAACCCCCCUAUUCUUGGGGUGCCAAUCUGGUUUACCCAGACUCAGGUGUGAGCAUUUUAUGGCUUUGUAUUUCUUUAUGCCUUGUUAACCCAUUGGUGUAAGCCCAGGGGAUUGCUAAACUUAUCCCCCACAAGAUGGGAGUUUGACUUUUCUCCCUGUUAAAAUGAGUUUUCUUGGAUUACUGGUCUAAGUUACAAACAAAGGUUUUUCUUUAUCUUUAAUCUGCCUAGAAAAACAAAGUUUCUAUUAAAGUUGAAUCUUGUCAACAUUAAAAGAGCUAAGUUUUGUUGACAACUAUACAACUCUCUGCAUUUGCCUCUAGAAUCGUAUUGCCACCUUGGAUAAAUAGAUAACUACAUUUUGUAAUGAUCAAAAUCUUAUUUAGGCAUGUGCUUUAAAAUCUUGUGGAUAUUUCAGAAAUAAUUUCCAAAUUAACUUUGUGACCACUCUAGUUACUUCCAGAUGAAGAUUGGGGUUAAAGGAAGGGAAUAUUUCUGUACUCGUUGAGAAAUAUUCCUUAGUUCCAGGUUGAAACCCAGCAUUCUGCACUUCCAGGAUUUGUGAGUUCUUGUACUGGAUUUUAUCCAAGGCCUUAGAGGGGAUUGGUUGUACCCAAGGAGUACUCACCGAUUUCUUGAGAUGAUCUCUCCCCCACUAAAUAGUACUUUCAUGUCUGUCAGAAGCUUGUUGGUCCAAGCAGUGUUCUUUUUGAUGUUCUCCUUGCUAACAGCAUGUAGGGAACCUGUGGUUUGUGGUGGGACCACCAAACAGCAGUAUGUCACCCAUAAUGGUGCAUUGAUGAAUAUGGUUAAUCAUUUCUUCCAUAAGAUAUUCUGAGAUAAGGGUUUGUUAGAUUUCCAGCUGGCUUUAGAGGCAGCGUGGUGUCCAUAUCCCCAUUCUUUAGCUCUUCUGAGGUCCUCUCAUCCUCCUUGGAAUAUUGGGGUUAACAUUUAGAGAGUUUGGGAGUCUUUGUACAGGCUGCCAACUUGGCUUGAUCUGCCCAAUUGUUCCCUUGGGCAAUCAUAUAGCAGCGGAUAAUAGCUGCUGGGUCACCACUGCAUCUAGCUCUUCAUUGUCCUUGAUCUGUAAAGCUCUCAUCUGUAAACAUCUCAAGAUCUGGAUUUCUGGGUAUUAAUUUUGUAUCCUUUUCUGAAUUCAUUUAUUACUUCUAGUGGUUUUUUGGUGGAUUCUUGAGGAUUGUUUUAUAUACAGUAUCAUGUUGUUUGCAAAGAGUGACAAUUUUACUUCUUCUUUACCAAUAUGGACAUCUCUUACUUCUUGUCUUCUUGCUAUGUCUAGGACUUCAAGUACUAUGUUGAAUAAAAGCGGCAAGAGAGGAGGCUCCUGGGUGGCUCAGUCGGUUAAGCAUCUGACUCUUGAUUGUGGCUCAGGUCAUGGUCUCACGGUUUAUGCGAUUGAGCACCACAUCAGGCUUUGUAUGGGUGGUUCAGAGCCUGCUUGGGAUUCUCUCUCUGCCUCUCACUGCCCCUUCCCCACUAACGUGCACAUUAUCCUCUCUCUGUCGGCCGGUGUCUCUGUCGGCCGGUGUCUCUGUCGGCCGGUGUCUCUGUCGGCCGGUGUCUCUGUCGGCCGGUGUCUCUGUCGGCCGGUGUCUCUGUCGGCCGGUGUCUCUCUGUGUCUCUGUCGGCCGGUGUCUCUCUGUGUCUCUGUCGGCCGGUGUCUCUCUGUGUCUCUGUCGGCCGGUGUCUCUCUGUGUUUCUGUCUGUCUCAAAACAAAUAAAUUAAAAAGUGGCAAGAGUGGAUAUCCUUGUGAUGUUCCAGACCUUAGAGGGAAUCUACCACUUCCUACCUGUGAGAUUUUUAUAUAUGGCCUUUAUUACGUUGAGGUACAUUACCUUUUUCCCCAUUAUAUUGAGAGUUGCUUUUACCAUGAAUGAAUAUUAAAUCCUGUCAAAUGCUUUUUUUUUUUUUUUUUUGCAUAUGUUGAGACGAUCACGAUUUUUAUCCUUCAUUUUGUUGAUGCAAUGCCAGAUGUUGAUUGAUUUACAAAUACCGAAACAUACUUGCAUCCCAGGAAUAAAUUCCACCUGAUUGAGGUGAAUGAUCUUUUUUUAAUGUAUUGUUGUAGAGAGUUUAAUUUUUGUUGAGGACUUGUACAUCUAUGUUCAUCAGGGAUGUUUGGCCUGUUGUUUUUUUGGGGGUGUUUUUGUCUGGUUUUGGCAUCAGGCUAAUGUUGGCCUCCUAGAAUAUAUUUGGAAAUUCCUCUUCAUCUUCUGUUUUUUGGAAUAGUUUGAGGAGAAUGGAAUGUUUGAUGGAAUUCACCUGUGAGUCUGUCUGGUCCUAGACUUUUAUUUCUGUGUAGUUGCUGUAUUACCAAUUGAAUUUCUUUUCGUAUAAAUUGUUCAGAUUUUCUAUUUUUCCCUGGUUCACUUUUGGAAGGUUGCAUGUUUCUAGGAAUUUAUGCACUUAUUCUGGAUUGUCCAGUUUAUUGACAUAUAAUUUUUCAUAGUAUUCUUAUAAAAUCCUUUGUAUUUCUGUGGUGUCAGUUGCUCCUUCUUUCUCAUUUCUGAUUCUAUUGAUUUGGGUCCUUCCUUGUUUUUUCUUUUUUUUUUUUUAAAUUUUUUUUUCAACGUUUAUUUAUUUUUGGGACAGAGAGAGACAGAGCAUGAACGGGGGAGGGGCAGAGAGAGAGGGAGACACAGAAUCGGAAACAGGCUCCAGGCUCUGAGCCAUCAGCCCAGAGCCCGACGUGGGGCUCGAACUCACGGACCGCGAGAUCGUGACCUGGCUGAAGUCGGACGCUUAACCGACUGUGCCACCCAGGCGCCCCAUUCCUUGUUUUUUUCUUGAUGAUUCUAGAUAAACAUGUCAAUUUUGUUUGUCUUUUCAAAGAACCAGCUCUUGGUUUCAUUGAUUUCUUUUUCCUAUUACUUUUUUUAGUCUCUUAUUUCUGCUUUGAUCUUUACUUCCUUUCCUCUACUUACCUUGGGCUUUGUUCUUCUUUUGCUAGUUCCUUUAGGUGUAUAAGGGUACAUUUUUUUCUUGUUUCUUGAUGUAGGCCAAUAUUGCUAUAUAAUUCACUCUUAAGAUUAUUUUCUCUGUGUCCCAGAGAUUGUGGGCCAUUAUGUUUUCAUUUUCAUUUGUUUCCAUGUAUUUUUUUGAUUUGCUCCUUGAUUACUUCAUUUACCUAUUGGUUGUGUGUUUGGUCUCCACAUGUUCGUGGGUUUUUUUCGUUUUUUUUUUUUUUUCUUGUGAUUGGUUUCUAGUUUCAUACUAUAGUGGUUGGAAAAGAUGCCUAGAAUGAUUUCAAUCUUAAAUUUAUUGAAGCUUGUUCUAUGGCCUAAUGUGUGAUCAAUUCUGGAAAAUGUUCCAUUUGCACUUGUAAAGAAGGUGUAUUCUGCUGUUUUUGAAUGCAAUGUUCUAGAUAUAUAUGUUAUGUCCAUCUGGUCCAAUGUGUCAUUCAAAGGCAUUGUUGGCUUACUCAUGAUCCGUUUGGGUGCUUUAUCUGUUGAUGUAAGUGGAGUGUUAAAGACCCCUGUUAUUAUUGUGUUACCAUCAGUUUCUCCUUUUAUGUCUGUUAGUAUUUGCUUUAUGUGUUUAGGUGCUCUAGUGUUAGGUAUGUAGAUCUUUAUAAUAAUGUUAUCUUAGUGUUGGGUUUAUACUUUUUUGUCUCCUGUUAGUCUUGGUUUUAAAGUCCAUUUUGUCAGAUAAAAGCAUUGCUACAUGAACUUUUUUUUUUUCUUUUCUUCAUUUGUGUGGUGAAUGUUUUUCUAUCUUCCCACUUUCAGUCUGUAAGUGUCUUUAGGUCUUGGAUAGAUAGCAUAUAGAAGAGUCUUGCUUUUUUAUCCAUUCCACCACUGUAUUUUGAUUGGAGCAUUUAGGCCAUUACAUUUAAGGCAAUUACUGAUAGAUAGGUGCUUAUUGCCAUUUUAAAUUGGUUUUCUGGUUGUUUUUGUAGUUCUUCUUCGUUUUUUCUCUUGCUCUCUGUGUGAUAGAUGAGUAUCUACAGUGUUUUGUUUGGCUUUCUCUUUAUUUUUUGUAUAUCAUAAGGUUUGGCUUUGUGGUUACCAUGAGGCUCAUAUAUAACAUCCAAAGUAAAUACCAGUCCAUACUAAUUAGGUUAUUUAAGUUCAAACACAUUCUAAAUAAAGAAAAUACCCUUUUUUCCUCUCUCUUUUCCACUCCCUCCUCUACGUUCAUGUAUAGGUUGUCAUAUUUUACAUCUUUUUAUUCAUAGCUGUCUAUGUCUAAUCGUGGCCAUUUCUUUUCCACUUUUUUAAACAUUUCUUAAAAGGCUUAUUGGUGAUAAACUGCUUUAUCUUUGUUUUGUUUUGGUUUUGGUCUGGGAAAUUCCUGAUCUCUGUUUCAAGUCUGAAUAAGAACCUUGCCAGCUAGAGUGUUCUUGGUUGUAGGGUUUUCCUUUCAGCAUUUUGACUACAUCAUGCCACUCCCUUGCGACCUGUAAAGUUUCUGUUGAAAAAUCAGCUGAUAGCUUUGAGGUUUUCCCUUGUAUGUUUUGUUUCUCUUUGGCCAUUUUUUAAGAUUCUCUCUUUAUCUUUAGUCUUUGACGUGUUUUUAAUUACGUGCCAUGGUGUGGACCUCCCUGGGCUUGUCUUGUUUGGAACUCUGUGCUUCUUGGACUUUGUCUAUUUCUCUUCCUAGGUUAGAGAAGGUCUCACUUAUUUCUUCAAGUAAGUUUUCCACACAUUGGUAUCUUCUUCUUUUUCUGGGACCCCUGUAAUGUGAAUGUUUUGUUCACUUGAUAGUAUCCAAGAGAUCUCUUAAUCUAUCCUCAUUUUUAAGUCUUUUCUCUUUUUGCUAUUCAGUUAUGUGCUUUCCAUUACCCUGUCUUGUAAAUCACUGGUAGGUUUUUCUGCAUCUGCUAGUCUACUGUUGAUUGCCUGUAGUGUAUUGAUUUCAGUUACUGUAUUCUUGAACUCUGGUUGGUUCUUUUUUUAAUAUUUUCUAUGUCUUUAUUGAUGGUCUCGUUGAAUUCUUCCACUCUUUUUUUUCUAACCCAGUGACUAUCUCUAGGAUCAUUACUUAAAAUUUUUUUAACAGGCAUUUUGCUUAUCUUUGUUUCACUUUUUCUGAGAUUUUUUUCUUGUUCAUUCUUUUGAAGCAUACUCCUAUGUCUCCUCAUUUUGCUUGACUUUCUGUGUUUGUUUCUAUGGAUUAGAUGAACUGACUACUUCCUCAAAACUUGAAGGAGCAAUUCUGUGUAUGGUGUCCCCUCUGCAGAUUCUUUGUGCUUGGCAGCCCAGUACACUUUUGACCUUAUUAUACUGAGGCAACAAGACCAUUUCUACUGCAAGUUAAAGUGCAUUUCUGAUCUAUCAUAGAUUUAGAUCUCUGACCCCUCAACAAAUUGUGAUAUUCUGUGGAGCAACAGCAAACCUCCCAAAAGAGGGGGAGAGAUUUCACUGAAAUGCAGGAAGACAUCUGCUGACCAUGAGCAUUAUAAGGUCUUCAUUCUUUCAAGAGGCUCA